AUGAUCGACGAAUGCUGUGGCCAGGGACUGGAUGCCGCGGCACCAGAUUUCCGCACAAGGCCUGAUUUCUACGGGCCUUUCUGGGUCGCCACCACCGCGGUGCUCUUCUUGGCCGCGACAGGGAAUUUCGCUCGACUGCUCGAGACGGAGGACGAGACGACCUUCAAGUCAGACUACUCCCUCGUCAGCGUGGCUGCCUCAAUGGUCUACGGACUCCUUGUGGGCGUCCCGCUCGCGACGCGGCUGGGUCUCUACUGCUCCGGGCAGUCGGUCGAUAGCAUCAACUUCAAGCAGGUGAUCUGCGUUUACGGCUACUCGCUGACUCCUAUGAUACCAAUGUCAGUGAUUUGCUUGAUCCCGCUCUCCAUCUUCCGAUGGCUGGCUGUCCUGGCCGGACUGGGCAUCUCCCUGGUCUUCCUCUGGGGCACCCUCUCGGCAGAUCUAGCAGUCGAGGCGCCAUCCUUGAAGUGGAAGGUUCUCGGCCUCUUCGCAGCCGCACAGGUGACCAUCUUCUUGGUCUACCGAGUCUACUUCUUCAACUCAAUGAGUUGA